AAGAACUUAGGGCCAUUUCUGCUUUUAUGAUUUUCGAGUCCCAGCCCGAGUGUGUUCUCGGGGCAUCCUGAGGAGGAGAUGGUGCCAGUGGCGGCUGGGCUGUCUCCCGAAGGCGCAGAGACUUCCUCUCUCUCCGGCAGUUCCGGGAGAACCCGCAACAACAAACACAGCCCAAGAUUCCCUCGUUUGAGCACUCACGAAUCCUAGGAGCUCGGAUGUGGGAUGCGAAGAACCCAGCUGAAACCCAGCAAGGGGCGGUGCUCGAGAGCCCUGCCCACUCUCGGUGGUCGUCUUAUCCAGUUGCAGGCACCCGGAAAGUGUGCCAGUAGUCUGGCUUGCAGUGUUAGGGGUUUGGGGCUCCGUUAUUCAGUGUUUGGGGGGAAGAAGAAUGUUUUUCCGGAGUUCUGGUUGCGCUCUCUCCUUUGGAGGAUGGAGUUGCACAAGGGAAAGUACCAGAAGUCUUUAGUUUAUAACUUGCUUGAGAGUUGGAGAGCCAAGGGAAGAGGGGCUGGGACCCAUGGUCUUCCAACCGGCCUGAUAUUGGCCUCUAGGGAGUAAAAGGAACAGUGGGAUGGCGGUUUUCAAAGGAAGUUAAGUCUAGACAGCCUCUGAAAGUCACAAGGCAGAAGUGGUUUGAAGCAGUUUGGUGUAAGCACAACAAUGUGCUUGUGCGGCAGGGUUUCUCACUUGGAUACACUCCCAGUCAUCACCACUCAACAUCGUAGGAAAGGUCUUAGAGAAACUUGGGUCUGUUUGCCUCAUCUCCGUUGUUCACCUGUAACUGGCAAGAUACGCUAGGUGCCUCCCCCGCAACCCCUCCCCGUUGCUCCUCUGAAGAAAGGCCGUUCAAGGCUUCGAAGGUGGACACCUAUCAUGGUCCUACAGUCAGAGUCAGGUGGAGGGGUCAGACUGAGCCCAAAUCCCUUUGGUGCCAGGAUGGUUAGGACCUCCAUUGGGUGGCUACUGCACUUACUGGGGAGCUAAGGCAAAGGUUGAGGCCAGGAGUUCAAGGGAGCUCCCUGGAUUCCUACCAGGCAGCCUGCCAGCGUGGAAGAAGCCCGGAAAGGUUGGCGUGAACUGUCUGAGACUCCGGAGAGAGGGGAGACAUCCUGACCCAGGUUCUUACCCACGCGGGGCGACCGGGGUCUCCAGGCCUGCGGGCCAUGGCGGACAGUAGCAGCUCUGGCCCAUGGUGGAAAUCGCUAACCAGGAAAAAAAGCAAGGAAGUCACAGUGGGGGUGCAGCCUCAUGUUCAGCCAGAGGCCCAGGAGGAUCACACACCACCUUUCUCGGAUCGGACUAGCAGCUUUCGAGAGAACCAGCACUCCGACGUUCUUGGGGACACCGGAGAGACCCCCAGGUCAGAGAAGUUGUGUGAGGAGAAAUCAUGCAACAGCCGGCGCAAUUUGAAGAUCUCACGCUCUGGCCGAUUUAAAGAGAAGAGGAAAGUGCGUGCCACGCUGCUCCCCGAAGGAGACAGGUCCCCUGAGGAAACCGACUUUCCAGAUGACCCCCAGGAGGACAAGCAAUAGCCCGAGCAAGCUUCCAGGACACUCUCUCUCUCUCUCUCUCUCUCUCUCUCUCUCUCUCUCUCUCUCUCUCUCUCUCUCUCUCUCUCUCUCUCUCUCUCUCUCUCUCUCUCUCUCUCUGGAAAGAAAAACACUAUUACCCGAACCCUGGUACUUGAUGUCUCACCCAAGUUCAGAAUAUUCAAUAUUUAAUUUUUUUCCAGAAAGUGAAGUGUCAGCUGACUCUUCAAUAUUCCAUGACUCAAAGACGUAAGUAUUUAUGUGUGGGAAGGAUAGAUAUCUGCUUCUGAGAAAGCUGGCUUCUUAAAAAGUUAUUCUGACGCAUCACAGUGAAAAGGCUGGACGGGUCUUUCAGAGGCACUAAGUAUGUAACCAUCUCUCCGACUUCCCAAAUGAGGAGGCCGUGCUCUUACCUAGGACUCUGGAGAGCACAUUACAGUACUGUUUUUAAUGACUGAGAAAUGCACUUUAGGGUACUACCCUAGAUUUGUUCCUGUGUGAAUGGAUGGGAGAGGACCCCACCCCCAGUUUAGAAGCACCGAGAAGAUUGUUUUAAACGAGGACUGCAAAGCCGUAGGCCUGUUUAUUGUGCACUAUUAAAAUUGUUCAACUGUAA